AUGAAAUUUUUGAUUGUUAAUGGAUUUACUGCAACUGCUUCUCAUUAAAAGAUCUUUCAUCAAUUUAAAUAAUAAAUAUUUAAGGUAUUAAUUCAAAAUAUUUAGAUUACUUAAGCAUAGAAGGAAGUCGCUGAUAUUGACUUUGAUUUUAUUGAACUUGAUAGACAUAAUUUAGAAGAAUAUUUAUAUGAACCAGAAACAUCUCACAUUAAACCUGAAAAAGGGCAGAAAUUCGAUACAUUAGAUAUUGUUUUUAUCAUAGCAUCCCCAAAUACAAGGCCUUGGAAUCCAAAUAUGAGAAAUGUAUCAAUAUAUUUACUAUUAUAGAUUAUAAGUCUAAUAAGAAUGUGCAUUAAAACUAAGAAACUACUUUUUAUGACAUCAUUUGGAGCUCAAGCACUUGCUUAUUUGUGUGCUUCCAAUAUUUCAACAGUAAAUUUAUCUCAUUAAAUAAUAGCAUAUUAAUAUUACUAAUGGAAAUGGAGAAGGUAGUAAAUUAGUUGAUUUUCCAAAGUAUACACUUUAAGCAUUAAAAAAUUCUCAUGAUGAUUAUUUUUUGGAUACUACAACAGGAGAUUUGUAUACAUAUAACAAAGUUACAGAUGAAUGGAUUCCUAAAUGUAAUAUUGGAAUUCACCAUAGAAGAGAUGCAAUGGAAUAUUAAUCUAUAGGUAAGUAUAUUGUAAAAUCUCCUGCAUAUAAACCUAAAUAAACAAUGCUUAGCAAUUAAACAGAAAUGACUUGUAUAAUUAAAAAGCCAUUUUUACAUUAUUGGUUGUUUACAGAUGUUAAUAUUGAGUUUUAAAUUAAAUAAACAAAUACUUGGGAUAUACAUACAAUCACAUUUACAAAUCCAGAAAAAGUAUUUAAAUCAAUUAAAUUUUAGAGAUUUUAAUCAUUAGCUGAAAAUAAUCUACGAGGUCCUUUAAUCUUAUAAUGUGAUAAUAUAAUAGCAAUUUUAUUCGAAUUAGAUUAUAAAUAUAAAGAUUAAAUUAAUCUUUUAUCAAAUUUUAUUGAAAAUAGUAUCAAGAUAAUAAGAUAUUCAAAUAUAUAUGUAAUAAAGUUUAAUAUUUAUAGAAUACAAUUAGUAUUACUAAUGAAAAGUAAUAUUUUCCACCCAAAGGAUUAGAAAAUAUAGAAUUAAUAUUCAAUUAAGAUAAAAUUAAGAAAUCCUAACAUUUAUAAGAGGUGAUGAUGAAGAAUUAACAUAAAGAAUAUGUGAGAGAAUAUCGCAAAUUAGUUAAUAAGGCAAUUCUAGAUUCAGAAAAAGAGAGAGAUAAGAUAUUACAUGUUGGAUUUUCAGUAAAGAAAAAUCGUUUACCAGAGUAUGUAAUAUACUAUAUAGAGUUGUUGAAUAAAAUAAUAUACAAUAAAAAACAUUGAAAGCAAGUCAAAGGAAAUCAUUUCUUGCUAAAAAAGAGAAAUUUUAUUUAAAUUUUGAAUCUCUUAAAUUUAAUUUAGAUACAAAUCAAAGUUAUAAGAAUCCUUCAGCUAGUCGAAAACAUUUAAAAUUAUUGACUGAACCAAAAGGUGUGACAUUUUAAAUGAAUUAAGAGCCUGAAGAUACAGGUUUAAUUUAAACUCAUAGGGUUCUUUCUCAAGGGGAAAUCAGAAAAUAAUUACAUCCUUCACUAAAUCAUGAAUUCUUGAUAUCUCAAAAAAUUUGGAUCCCUGGAUUCUUGAAAUAAAAUAAAUCUAAGAUUUAUUUAUCAUAACCAAAUUCUGGUAGAUAAACAUUUUAAUAAUUAUUUGAUUGA